AUGUCUCGCCGAAAACUUUUGCCCAGCUGGAAGCAUCUUGCGCGCGACCUCUCAAACCUUGAGUUUUACAAGUUACAAGACCACAAGUCGCGCAACCGGCUGGGCCAGGAGCCCGCGGAGAAGCAAAUUAUAAUCUACAUACGCCAGAAUGGCAGCAGUAUGGGCAAGAAGAGCGAUCAGUGUACGAUCACAACCCCGCUCUUUACCCAGUUUUACACCCAAAUUGCUUUCCCUCAUCUAUUUUCUGCCCAAUGCCUUAUUAGUGGGGAUAGGCAGCCUCCGCCGGUCGUGGUGGUUUCGGAGGAACAGCUCCUCCGGACUCCUCCAGGGGAAUCCUCACUGAUAUACAUACAUACAUACAUUCAGACAGCUGCUGCCAGACAAUCUUCAGCUCCAGCCGGACUGUAG